AUGCUUUUCAAAGGAAUAAGAUACGCCAAGAGUUAUUUUCACGGUGCUUCGAACAUUCCACUAACCUAUAAAACUGUCGGGUAGCAGUUACACGAUAUUACUGAGAAAUACCCUGACAAUUUAGCAGUAGCCUCCUAAUUGCAAGAUGUUCAGAUGACUUACAAAGAAUUCUACACGAGAUCCAAAGAAUUGGCUGCUGCCUUUGUGGCUCUCGGAUUGGAGAAAGGAGAUCGCAUAGGCAUCUUUUCACCAAACAAUGUGGAGUGGGCGUUAACUUAAUUCGCCGCUGCAAUGGCUGAUUUGAUUUUAGUGAAUAUUAACCCCGCCUAUUAAACUAAUGAAUUAGAAUAUACUCUGAAUAAAGUUGGAUGCAAAGCCUUGGUACUAAGAUCUACUUUCAAGCAUUCUAACUAUGUUAAUAUGAUCAAAGAACUAGCUCCAGAAUUAGAUUAACCUGGCCACCUUAAUUCUAAGAGAAUCCCAUCUUUGAAAAGCACCAUUUUAAUUGAUGAUAUCCAUAAGAAAGGCUUUUUCAAUUUUAAAGAACUCUUCUCUCUUUAUGGUUCCUCCCAUUUGAAUGAGGUUGAACAGAGAAUGUCAAAACAAGAUCCAGACGAUAUCACUAAUAUUCAAUUCACAUCUGGAACCACAGGAGCCCCCAAAGGAGCCUGUUUAAGUCACUUGAACAUAUUGAACAACGGAAAAUAUGUGGGAGAAAGAGUUCAUUACACAGAAAAAGACAGAGUAGCUAUAGCUGUGCCAUUGUAUCACUGUUUCGGCAUGGUCAUGGGUAAUCUGGCAUGUAUCAACUAUGGAUCUACUAUGGUCUAUCCAAGUGAUGGCUUUAGUGCAGGAGCUACCUUAGAAGCAGUCACAAACUAUAAAUGUACUUCUAUUUACGGAGUACCAACAAUGUUUAUUGAGUAUUUGAAUGAAUACGAGAGGCAUCCAUCAAAAUAUGAUGUAUCUUCUUUGAGAACUGGUUUAAUUGCUGGAUCUCUGGCCUCUGAAGCAUUAAUGAAAUAAAUUAUCAAUGUUUUGGGAGUGAAAGAUAUCUCAAAUUGUUAUGGAUAGACUGAAACAAGUCCAGUUACAUCCUAGACUAAAACAUCGGAUUCUUUUGAGAUUAAAACAAGUAAAGUUGGAUUACCAAUGAACAUGGAAGUGAAAAUCGUUGACUCAAAUGGAAAGAUUGUUCCUUGUGACACAACAGGGGAAUAUUGUUCCAGAGGAUAUGCUGUUAUGAAAGGAUAUUGGGGUGAUGAAAAGGCUACUAAAAAUGCUAUUGAUGAAAAUGGGUUUCUGCAUAGUGGAGAUUUGGCUACCAUGGACAAAAAUGGGUAUGUGGCCAUUGUUGGUAGAAUCAAGGAUAUGAUCAUAAGAGGUGGUGAGAAUAUCUAUCCAAAGGAGAUUGAAGAUUAUUUAUCUCAUAUGACUGGAGUUGAAUAGGUUUAAGUAGUCGGUUGUUUUGAUGAGAAAUAUGGAGAGGAAGUUGUUGCGUUGAUUAAAAUGAAGAAGGGAGCUGAAGAACUUUCUGGAUUGGAUGUCUACCAAUUUUGUCACAAGAGAAUUGCUCAUUACAAAAUUCCAAAGUAUGUCAAAUUUGUCAAUGAUUUUCCAUAUACUGUAACAGGCAAGCCACAAAAAUUCAAAAUGAGAGAUGAAAUAAACAAAGAACUUUAGGAUCCAAAACUUAGAGAGUUAUAUCAAAUCAAAUGA